UCAAGAUAUGUAUAUGAAUAUCUAAGACAAAUCGUAGUUAAUUUUUGUUAACCGCGCGCCAUUUGCAUUACGUCAGUCAUAUCUGAUGUACAAUAACGAUUAUUACAUUUUUUUGAACAAUCAAGACGAGAAUUCGACGUUGAUGAAUAAAAAGGACGAGACCUCAGAAACUCUAUCAUUGCUCCUCGGACUUCUCCAAAAUGAACACUAUAAUAUUCAUAGGGCUAAUAUGUGUUUGCCUUACUUACAUCUGUGCUAUGCCAGCACCUGGAGACGUUGCACAAGCACUGCCAGUUGCAGCUUCAGAAGAUUUACAACCUGAAGAAACGAAAUGGCGACACAAUCACCAUCGUAGCAAGGGUUGGGGUAACCAAGGUUGGAGUCGUGGAGGAGGUUACGGGUCGGGCGCAGGCUGGGGAGGUGGCUAUGGCGGAGGCGGCGGUGGAGGUUUCGGCGGAGGAGGUGGUUAUGGUGGAGGUGCAGGCUACGGCGGAGGACGUGGUUUCGGCGGCGGAGGAGGUUAUGGCGGCGGUGGAGGUUACGGCGGCGGAGGUGGUUACGGUUACGGAGGAGGUUCCGGAGGAGGAUGGGGAAGAUAAUGUAUUAUCUCUGUGAUAGACUUCAAAGUUUUGAUUUAUAAUAACAUUAUAGUUGUAAACAUUUUAAUGGUACUGGCAAAA